AUGGAGUUUUUUACUUUAGAAAGAAUUUUGUCAUCUAAACGAAGGGGGAACGAUGGGGAUGGGGGGUGUGUAUCUUGGCAAAUGGCAUUGAAUUUCAAGACCCUUUGCCUCUGUGACUAGGAAUUGGACUGUCAGUUUGAACCACCACGUUGCACAAUCUGCUUGGUUUUAGGGGUGCAUUAAAAUUUAUGUACCUUGGACGUUGCUUAAAGUGCAGUCUGGGGGCCUUCAUUCUCAGAUUACUUUGCGUUGGGAAGGGGCACUUCACCACAGCUCUCAGUUGAGACCAGUUAAGAUAACCACCAAUAUUGAGAAUUCUUGGUCUAGCCAAAAGUGCUCAAAUAUAUUCUUAAAACAGAAUGAAGUAGCGGUCCAUGCCCUUGAUUUCCUUUUCCUUUUCCAUGAUUAGUCAUAACAGAGCAGCUAUGUUGGUGUUGUAUCUGACACUAAAGAACCAGAAGGAAGAUUGUACAGCAUGGCGGACACCGACCUGUUUAUGGAAUGUGAGGAGGAGGAGCUGGAACCAUGGCAGAAAAUCAGUGAUGUCAUUGAGGAUUCUGUAGUUGAAGAUUAUAAUUCAGUGGAUAAAACUAAUACAGUUUCUGUGAGCCAGCAGCCAGUCUCGGCUCCAGUGCCCAUCGCUGCCCAUGCUUCUGUGGCUGGGCACCUCUCUACAUCCACCACCGUUAGUAGCAGCGGGGCACAGAACAGCGACAGUACAAAGAAGACUCUUGUCACACUAAUUGCCAACAACAAUGCUGGCAAUUCUUUGGUCCAACAAGGUGGACAGCCGCUCAUCUUAACCCAGAAUCCAACCCCAGGUCUGGGCACAAUGGUUACUCAGCCAGUAUUGAGGCCUGUCCAGGUCAUGCAGAAUGCCAAUCAUGUGACUAGUUCCCCAGUGGCCUCACAACCAAUAUUCAUCACUACACAGGGAUUUCCUGUAAGAAAUGUCCGGCCUGUACAAAAUGCAAUGAAUCAGGUUGGGAUUGUGCUGAACGUACAGCAAGGCCAAACGGUUAGACCAAUUACACUAGUUCCAGCCCCAGGUACCCAGUUUGUUAAACCAACAGUUGGAGUUCCGCAAGUGUUCUCUCAGAUGACCCCAGUGAGGCCAGGCUCCACAAUGCCUGUGCGACCCACCACCAACACCUUCACCACCGUCAUCCCAGCCACUCUGACCAUUCGAAGCACCGUCCCACAGUCCCAGUCCCAGCAGACCAAGUCCACUCCCAGCACUUCCACCACUCCCACCGCCACACAGCCGACCUCAUUGGGGCAACUAGCUGUUCCACCUCCAGGCCAAUCCAACCAGACCCCAAAUCCCAAGUUAGCUCCCUCCUUCCCCUCUCCACCUGCAGUGAGCAUUGCCAGCUUUGUCACUGUGAAGCGACCUGGGGUUACAGGUGAAAAUAGCAAUGAAGUGGCCAAACUGGUGAAUACCCUUAACACCAUCCCUUCCCUGGGCCAGAGUCCUGGGCCAAUGGUGGUAUCCAACAACAACUCUGCCCAUGGCUCUCAAAGAUCCAGCGGACCUGAGUCUUCAAUGAAAGUGACCUCUUCCAUGCCAGUGUUUGACCUUCAGGAUGGUGGGCGGAAAGUAUGUCCACGGUGUAACGCCCAAUUCCGUAUUACUGAAGCUUUGAGAGGUCACAUGUGUUACUGUUGCCCAGAAAUGGUUGAAUACCAGAAGAAAGGAAAGUCUCUGGAUUCAGAACCCAGCAUCCCAUCAACAGCAAAGCCACCAUCUCCUGAGAAAACAGCUCCUGUUGCUUCCACACCCUCUUCUACACCUAUUCCUGCUCUGUCACCACCUACCAAAGUGCAAGAGCCAAAUGAGAAUGUGGGUGAUGCUGUCCAGACCAAGCUCAUUAUGCUAGUAGAUGACUUCUAUUAUGGACGGGAUGGUGGCAAAGUAGCCCAACUCACAAGCUUCCCAAAGGUCGCCACAUCUUUCCGAUGCCCACAUUGUACCAAAAGGCUAAAAAACAAUAUUCGAUUCAUGAACCAUAUGAAACAUCACGUAGAGCUCGAUCAGCAGAAUGGUGAGGUGGAUGGUCAUACUAUCUGCCAACACUGUUAUCGUCAGUUUUCCACUCCCUUCCAGCUCCAGUGCCACUUGGAAAAUGUUCAUAGUCCCUAUGAAUCGACUACCAAGUGCAAGAUCUGUGAGUGGGCGUUUGAGAGUGAGCCACUAUUUCUCCAGCAUAUGAAGGAUACUCAUAAGCCUGGAGAGAUGCCUUAUGUUUGCCAGGUGUGUCAGUAUCGCUCCUCACUCUACUCUGAGGUAGAUGUCCAUUUUCGGAUGAUCCAUGAGGAUACUCGGCAUCUGCUCUGCCCUUAUUGCCUGAAGGUCUUCAAAAAUGGCAAUGCAUUUCAACAGCAUUACAUGAGGCACCAGAAGAGGAAUGUGUAUCACUGUAACAAAUGCCGACUGCAGUUUCUGUUUGCCAAGGAUAAAAUCGAACACAAACUUCAACACCAUAAAACGUUCCGUAAACCCAAGCAGCUGGAAGGCUUGAAACCAGGCACCAAGGUGACAAUCCGGGCUUCUCGAGGGCAGCCACGAACAGUUCCUGUAUCUUCCAAUGAUGCACCUCCCAGCACCUUGCAGGAGGCAGCACCACUGACCUCUUCAACAGACCCUCUGCCUGUCUUCCUUUAUCCCCCUGUUCAGCGCAACAUCCAGAAGAGAGCUGUUAGAAAAAUGAGUGUCAUGGGCCGGCAGACUUGUCUGGAGUGCAGCUUUGAGAUCCCAGAUUUCCCUAAUCACUUCCCCACUUAUGUGCACUGCUCUCUGUGUCGCUAUAGCACCUGCUGCUCUCGGGCCUAUGCCAACCACAUGAUCAACAAUCAUGUUCCACGGAAGAGCCCCAAGUAUUUGGCUUUGUUUAAAAAUUCUGUGAGUGGAAGCAAUCUGGUCUGCACUUCAUGUACCUUCGUUACCUCUGUGGGAGAUGCCAUGGCCAAGCAUUUGGUAUUCAACCCCUCUCACAGAUCCAGUAGCAUCCUGCCGCGGGGACUCACUUGGAUAUCUCCGUCAAGGCAUGGCCAGACUCGUGACCGAGUACAUGACCGGAACUUGAAGAAUAUGUACCCUCCUCCUUCUUUCCCUUCUAAUAAAGCUGCCACUGUGAAAUCUGUGGGGACCACCCCCACUGAGCCUGAAGAGCUACCAACUCCCAUGGCUCAGGCACUGCCAUCACCAGCCUCAACUGCAACCCCACCACCAACCCCAGCUCACUCCCAGCCUUUAGCCCCUCCACCCUUGCCUACCGAGGAGGCAGAAUGUCUGAAUGUUGAUGACCAGGAUGAAGGGAGCCCCGUCAUCCAGGAACCUGAGCCAGCAUCAGGGGCCGGUAGUAGCAGUGGGGUUGGAAAGAAGGAGCAGCUGUCUGUGAAGAAGCUUCGAGUGGUACUGUUUGCCCUAUGCUGCAAUACAGAACAGGCAGCUGAACACUUCCGAAACCCCCAGCGACGCAUUCGGCGUUGGCUUCGGCGCUUCCAGGCCUCCCAGGAGGAGAAUCUGGAGGGCAAAUAUCUGAGCUUAGAGGCAGAAGAGAAACUGGCGGAGUGGGUACUGACCCAGCGAGAGCAACAGCUCCCCGUAAAUGAGGAGACCUUGUUCCAGAAGGCUACCAAAAUAGGACGUUCUUUGGAGGGGGGGUUUAAGAUCUCUUACGAAUGGGCUGUGCGUUUCAUGCUGCGGCACCACCUGACUCCCCAUGCCCGGCGUGCAGUGGCCCAUACUCUACCCAAGGAUGUGGCAGACAAUGCAGGACUCUUCAUUGAAUUUGUGCAACGGCAGAUUCACAACCAGGACUUACCAUUGUCUAUGAUUGUGGCUAUUGACGAGAUCUCCUUGUUUCUGGAUACGGAAGUGCUGAGCAGUGACGACCGAAAGGAGAAUGCCCUGCAGACAGUGGGCACGGGGGAGCCUUGGUGUGAUGUGGUGCUGGCCAUUCUGGCAGAUGGCACUAUCCUCCCCACGCUGGUUUUCUACCGAGGACAGAUGGAUCAGCCUGCUAAUGUGCCAGACUCUAUAUUGCUAGAGGUGAAGGAGAGUGGCUACAGUGAUGACGAGAUCAUGGAGCUGUGGUCAUCCCGAGUGUGGCAGAAGCACACGGCUUGCCAGCGCGGCAAAGGCAUGCUUGUGAUGGACUGCCACCGCACUCACUUGUCAGAAGAGGUGCUGGCUAUGCUUAGUGCCUCUAGCACUUUGCCUGCAGUGGUCCCAGCAGGCUGUAGCUCCAAAAUCCAGCCAUUAGAUGUGUGCAUCAAACGAACUGUCAAGAACUUCCUGCACAAAAAGUGGAAGGAACAGGCUCGAGAAAUGGCAGAUACUGGAUGUGAUUCUGAUGUUCUGCUUCAGCUGGUGCUGGUCUGGCUGGCUGAAGUGCUGGGCGUCAUUGGGGACUGUCCAGAGCUAGUUCAGCGGUCCUUCCUUGUGGCUAGUGUUUUGCCUGGCCCUGAUGGCAACAUUAACUCACCCACAAGAAAUGCUGACAUGCAGGAGGAGCUAAUUGCCUCCCUAGAGGAGCAGCUGAAGCUGAGUGGGGAACAGUCUGAAGAGCCCUCAGCUUCUACUCCCCGACCCAGGUCAUCUCCCGAAGAGACAAUUGAGCCUGAGAGCCUUCACCAGCUCUUUGAGGGUGAAAGUGAGACUGAGUCCUUCUAUGGCUUUGAAGAAGCUGACCUAGAUCUGAUGGAGAUUUGAGUGUUGGGGUCAUGAAGGGGGUGUGGAGUGGGGGUGGGAAAGUGUGAGGGAGGGUACAGGGAUUUAGGGAAAAGGGGGUAUACCAGGUGGAGUAUUUGGCUUAUAUUUUUAAAUUUUAUGCCACCCCCUCCCCCAUGUUGACUUAUACUUCCCUGUGGAUUUGUGGGUUAUUAGGAAAACCAAUAGUGAUCACGUCUGAGCCGAGGAGCUGGCCCGUUGGUCAUUCACUUCUGAAAAAAAUUUUUUUUUGUGACUUUUUUUUUUUUUUUUUAAAUCACUGUGUUUGGUAUUUUUCUGACAAAAUCAAGAAAAAGAAAAAAAAUCCUUGUGGACAAAUGUUUUUUGUUUCCCCUUUUACCUCACUUGUGUCAUAGUACAUCUGGGUUUUUUGUUAAAUUUGACUGUGGCCAAUGUCUUUGGGCAUGAUGCUAUCCAACCAUUGUCAAUGUGAGAACAUUUCUGAAGAUGGGAAAGAUAAAAAUAUGUAGCUCACAAACUGAUUUAUUAUAUAUAUGGAUAAACAACUUUUUUCAUGUGGUCUUAACACUUUUAUAUAAAAGCGAAAAUGGAAAAAAAAACCCCACUGAACUCUCUUCCUUCUCCUUACUUUCCUUCCCUCUCCAGAGAUGUUGUUUCUACAACUCUAGACAUAAAAUUGUGGCUUUAAAAAUGCAUGAAACCACCUUUAGUCAUCCAGAAUGAAUAGAUUGUUACUCCUUACCAUCUUCCACUGACAAAAACAUGACAAAACCAAUAUUCUUUGCACUUGUUGCCCUUGGUCCCUUGCCCCAUUCUCGCACCACCAUUCUUGGACAAAGGACCACACAGGUUUUAUUGCAACCUGGAGGUACUGAGGGGAUCACACAGCUGUAGGGUGGAGGCCAUUCUCAGUAUGGGGCUUCAUCCCGCUGUCCUUUCUUGGUUGAACUUCAUCCUGUUACAUGGACAGCAUGCCUGUUCAGGAGACCACAUGUCCUACAGAAGCUAAUUGUGCAAGAAGUGUUGAACUUUUAAAAAGAAGACAGACCACUUGUUGAAAUCCCGUGGCUUUCCCCUGUCUUUUAAUGAUCAGAAAAGAAUCUGACCUAAAGAAGACACACAGGGGUGUGCACAAAGAAAAAGACAAGAAUCUUUAUUUUUCACUGCCAGCUUCAAGGAAAAAUUUUUUCUACAGUUUGCAUGAGGGAUUUUUUUUUUUUAAAUUGUAUGUACUCAUGAUUAUAAACUGAAGUGUACUAUAACAAAAGGAACAAAAAUUCAAGUCCACCUUGCCCACAGCUACACCACUCUUCUGUCCAUCCUGAGGCUUUUUCAGCAAUGUUUCCCUCCUGUGAGUCAAGGAGGCAACCUGCACAGGCUUGUAAAUGGUUCAUCUUUAAAAUGUACAUAAGUGGAACAUUUAAUAAAAUAAGGGGAAAUGGAUUUAUAAACAAUGUGGUUAUUUUCUAGGUCACCCUAUUUUAAUAGGCUUUCACAGACUGGGAGAUGCUCAAGAUGUGAUGGGCCUGGUAUACAGGUGUAACGUUUGUUACUACCUGUUUCUCCUCACUCCUGUUUGUUUUUUUUUUUGUCUUUUAACCCCCAGCACACUAUAAUAUAGUGAACUGGAGUGAUCCCUUCCAGAAACAGCUUGGCCAGCUUUGUGAAGCCAUGGCAUCUGAAACUGAACUGAGGAUCCAAUUGGGCUUCUCUUCCCCAGCUUUUUGCUUGAUGCUACUUUGACAGACUAUGGACUUUUAAGUCAGCCCAAUGCCUUUGAGAAAGUUCAAGAACUAAUGGUCAGCCCUGUCCACAGUGACUUAAUUCUUCUCUUUGGUAGUCUCUGCAGCAGCCCCAGAGUUAGCAGAGCUGGGGUCCUGGUCUCUGCACACUGUAUGACUUUCUUGAUUGGUAAAUUUUUUAAAAGACCACAAUAACAACAGUGAAUCAGCUGGGUGUUGGCCAGGAAGUUAUACCCUUGUGGAUUCCGCCUGCAUGGCUUAGUAGUAGAAGGAAGUUUUUUUUUUUGUUUUGUUUUUUAUAAUUCAGUUUAAUCAAUAAACCAGUAUUUAUUGACUACUUUGUGUUGAGACUGAAUGUGUGGAAGAUAAAUUGAAAGUUCAUGAUUUUCUUUUGCAUAAACUUUUGUUGUAACUAUACAUACAAAUGGAGGGGUUUUGAUAGUUCCCUUAACUUACUGAAUUUCUACAACACUUUCUGAGUUUCUAGUUUUUCAAAGUUUUAGAGAGCAUCUGAAUCACCAAGGGUGUUCAUUUUUCAAAGGUAGGUUUAAUAUCAUUUGGGAGAUAAAAGUUUGGCCAAUACCUGAACUAAUCUGAUGCACAGCUAUACUUGGGGUAUUUUUAAUGAACGUAAUACUUGUAAGAAGUUAACUGAUAGUGCCAGAAAUUAAUAUAUUUAGGUAGUAAACAUUUAAAUGUUGAAAUCAUAGUAUUCCUUUUAUGAAUGGGGUGAGGUUGGGUAGAUGAGGGAUUGAGAGAGCCAGUUCAGAGUUUGGGGGUCACCUAAUGGUGAGUACGUCUAUUACAUGCUACAUUUCUCUUUGAAAUUGUGUUUUAACUAGUAAUCAAAUUUGCAGUCACUGUUAAGCAGAACCCUUGCAUUUUAGACUCUAGUGCAUGGAUGGAAAUGUUGGAAAAAAUGUUAAAACACAAAACCAGUUAUGUUACCACACAAGGAUUAAGCCUGCCUUUAGUACAGUCGUGGGUCCUCUGUAGUGUCAUGCAAAGGAUUCUACAUUUGUCUAAUGGACCAAGUGCCAAGGGUCCUAUGACCAGGGAGGGACGUGGUAUACGGUAAUACUUAGUACUGUCCUUUUGAUAGGACCUAAUUAGAUGUAAUACACCUACUCAGCAAGUAUUUCAAAGAAUUUAUUUAUUUUACAAAAGGUAAGUCUACCUUGACUCAGCAACAUUCAAAGGUAGCAGAAGGGUAAAACUUCAGUACUGGAGAAUGCAUCUCUAUUUCAUUCAAAGCCACUAAAAAAGAAGAGAGACGAUAAAGUCAUGAAGCCACAGGAAGAGGAAUCAGUUUCUAACAGCAACUACCCUCUAGCCAAAACCCAGUGUGAUGCCAAAGGGCAGGCCUCCCAAUUCUCAUGUAUUUUUUUUUAACUGUAAUUUCAAUUACCUGAUCAUGUGGGCAAUAUCCCAGUUGGUCUCUGCAGACAGUGGUCCCUCUAUUUCAACACCUUUUUCUGUUACAGUGGCAAUUUGAAACUGAAAGAAAUAGGGGGCAGGUCAAGGAGAAAGAAAUGGGUCCAUCGAUUCUUCAAACCAUAGACCCAGAGACCAGAAGUUUCCAAAGCCUGCCAGUUACAUUCCCAUUAUUCACGCCCCUCCUCACCCGGUUAUAAGAACGGGCAUCUCGAUAGUACAGCACUCGCAUGCAACGUUCCACUAGCUCUCGGGCCUCAGUCUGGCUCAGCACCGGCUGCUUCUCCAGAACUUCUCUCAGCAGGGGCUAGGGAGAUUAGAGGUGUGAGGGGACAUGGGAGAUACUUGAGAAAUACCAAGACAUCUAUCUCAAAACAAUGUAAACAAACAUGAAUGAAUAAAAAAGAACAUUUCACCUGUUGUCACCAGAAUGAACUCUGCUCACCUGUGCUAAGACCCACUUGAAGCAAAGUUCUAGGGUGUCCUCUCUGCACAGGUCUUACUGAUUUCAAGGUAUGCCACCUUGUCAUUGGAAUAUGAAUUUCACACUAACGGCCUCUGGAUUACACUGCCAAGAAGUAGGGGUCCUAACCUCAUGCCAGAAUUUCAAGGGAAGAACAAGCAGACAACCACUAACCCCCAUUUGUCUUUUGCCAGAACCGCCCACCCCUCAACUACUUACCUGAGCCAAGUAUGCACCAUAACCAGUGGCCAAGGAAGGAGCUUCAUAGGCUACACCAAGCAUGUCCACAUAACCGAGGAAACUAAGAAGAAAAAUAUCAAUAAGAGAAAUCAUUUCAUCUUGGGUUUCUCUACCUUAGCCAAAGACUGGGACCAUGGCACCUGAGUUAGAAGUGGGAUUCACCGGGUGAGAGAGACUACACAGGCACUGGUGGUUGG